AUUAGGCAUUUGCCCUUUACUGCGCGUGCGCACUGUCAUUCGGAACACGAUACGCGAUACGGAUAUCAAGAGGGAACGGAUAAUAACGACCGUCGUCAUAUGUCUAAAGAAUUCUCUUGAUCAGUCAUCGUUUACUUCUUGUUUCGUGUAAAAAAUGACAGUUGAAUUGAAAAAGUUUCUUUAUGAAUUAUUAAGCAAUGUGGAAGGUCUGCAUAGCAUAUUAAUUACAGACAGAGAUGGGGUACCUGUCAUAUCUGUAGCCAAUGAAAAGGCACCAGAAUUAGCUACAAGAGCUAGUUUUUUAUCUACUUUCGGAAUGGCUACAGAUCAAGGAAGUAAAUUGGGUCUUGGAAAGAAUAAAACUAUUAUAUGCAUGUAUAGUAAUUACCAGGUAAUCCAGAUGAAUAAAUUACCAUUGGUUGUUAGUUUUAUUGCUAGUCACAAUUGUAACACUGGUCAUAUAUUAUCGUUGGAAAAUAAGAUCGAUCCUAUUCUAUGUAGUUUAAAAAAUGCAGUAGUGGAAGCCUGAUGGUUACCUGUUGUCCAUUAUGGGUGAUAAAUGUUGAGUAUGGAAAUCUGUGAACUGUUGCAAAUUGUUGUAAACAGUGUUGAUCUUGUAGCAGUUAAGCAUUAAGCAGUUUUUUCAAGGAUAACAGGUUUAUUGAAAACAUUUUAUGUAUGUGAGAGAGAAAGAAAUUAAAAGUUAUUGUGUAUGUGUGUGUAUAUAUAUAUAUAUAUAUAUAUAUAUAUAUAUAUAUAUAUAUAUAUACAUACACACA